GGUUUCUUUCGUCGUACGGUACUUCGUGAUCAAAAAUUCACGUGCCGCUUCAAACAUCAGUGUGUUGUAGACAAGAGCAUGCGAUGUGCGUGCCGAUGCUGCAGAUUCAAUAAGUGUGUUAGAGUCGGCAUGAAAAGAGAAGGCGAGUUUGGCCAUACAUUUGAGCGGGAUCCUACCGGUGGCAGCCCGUCGAAACGCUCCCGAGUUAGUCCUGCUCCUGGUCAGGAACAAGCCAGUGAGAAUCAAACUCCUGUCAUUGCAGCGUUAAUGGACAUGGAGCAUAGAGUGAAUCAGGAAAUGUGCUCUCGUUACCGCAACUCAGUCAUACAGCAACCAGCCACCACAACUACUGGCCUUAGCAGUGAUGGUGAACCAUCCACCUCAGCAUUUUCACAGCCAAAUAAACCUUGUACGGCUGAGGACCUCAAUGAGAUUUCGCGCACAACUCUGUUACUGAUGGUCGAGUGGGCUAAAGCUCUGCAACCAUUUCCUAAUUUGAUCAUGGAGGAUAAGAUCAUACUUUUGAAAAACUACGCUCCUCAGCAUCUGAUCCUGAUGCCAGCGUUUAGAAGUCCUGAUACGACUCGAGUUUGCCUUUUCAACAAUACCUAUAUGAGUCGUGAUCAGUCAACUGAAUUGAAUGGAUUUGCUGCAUUCAAGACCAGCAAUAUUACACCAAGGGUUCUUGACGAAAUUGUCUGGCCAAUGCGUCAACUUCAAAUGAGAGAGGAGGAAUUUGUAUGCUUAAAGGCGCUUGCCUUUCUCCAUCCAGAAGCGAAAGGUUUGUCUCCACAAAGUCAAACUUUGGUGAGAGAAGCUCGAAACAGAGUGCUUAAAGCACUGUACGCUUUCAUCGUGGAGAACAAUCGUGAUGAGGCACCGACGAGAUAUGGAAAUAUAUUGUUACUGGCGCCAGCACUGAAAGCUUUGACGCAAUUGCUGAUUGAAAAUAUGACACUAACAAAGUUCUUUGGCCUUGCUGAGGUGGACUCAUUGCUGUCAGAAUUCAUUUUGGAUGAUAUCAAUGACCAAAGUGCGGCUCCAGUAAGCCUACAAGCUCAUCUUUCUUCACCAACCACAUUACCCAGUUCGAUAGCAUCGCAAGUUGUGACCGGGGUAUGUCAACGAUUUUAAAU